AUGCUCAUCCCGGAUGGCCCGGAAUACUGCCCGCCGCCCCUUGGCAACUAUUCCAAGCCGGGCCUACGCCGGAGGCACCGAGGCCAAGCGACACGAGCCACCAGGCCCAUAAACCUCACCAGGGCUAACGAAGACUGCCAGCCCCAGCAGCCGCAGGCCUGCACCGAAGGAGCCUGGGAGGCCAUAGCUGAAGUCGGGCUCCGGACGAAGACUCUGGGCCGUUACAUCGAUCGGCCUUUUGGCCCCAACCCGGGGCGAGAUAGCCGUCCAAGAUUUGCAAAGCCAAAAAAAAAAGAAACGCUGGACAUUAAGAGUUUCAGCAUCAACAGCUCAUCGUUUAGCACAGGACUGGGCCCUCAGUCGACGCCCCUCAAGCCCCAAGGCCUGGCUGAGGCGGGGCUGCCCCGCACAAAGAUGGCGGCCCGACCGGAAGCGGAAGUGGUGAUUUCCCAUGCUGCCCCGCGGGGAGGCCCAUUCGAAGAAGAAGGCGGCGGGACGAAGGGGCCGCCAUGGAGGAGCUGGGCCUGCAGCACGCUGCGCGAGGAGGAGGAAGAGCUGCUCAGCUCUCCCGGGACGAAGCCUCCUCGGGCCCCCUCGGCCAAGGAGUCCGUGAGGACCGCCGAGCGCCCCAGCCCGGGGGAUUCCAUGGUGCCGGUGGUGUUCCCGGGCCCCGUCAGCCGGGAAGGCUGCUGCCGCUUUGUCUGCGAGCUCCUGAAGCAUAUCAUGUACCAGCGGCAGCAGCUGCCCCUGCCCUACGAGCAGCUCGCCCUCUUUUACCGCAAGCCCCCUCCUCAGGCGGAAGAUGUGGCGCGGCGGAAAGCCCGGGCCGCCACAGAGCCGAGCAGCAGGAAGUGCCAGCAGGCCCUGGCCGAACUGGAGGGACUCAUGAGCCACCUGGAGAGGUUCUUUUCCCGGACGCCGGUGCCCCGGGUGCUCAUCCUGCUGGGGGGCAGCGCCCUGAAUCCCAAGGAGUUCUACGAGCUGGACCUGGCCCGGCUGAGCUGGGGCGGCCGGGAGGGCAGCCUGAGCACCCCGGCCUGCCUGCGCCGCCUCUUCCGGGCCCUCUUCCUGGCCGACGCCUUCAGCGAGCUGCAGGCCGCGCCCGCCAUGAGCACCGUCGUCAUGGCCCAGGGGCACCGAGAGUGCGGGGAGGAUUGGCUCUGCCCCAAGCUCAACUACCGCGUGCCCACCCGGGGCCACAAGCUGACUCUGACGCUGUCCUCCGAGGGGGCGGCCGGCCCAGACCGGGCCUGGGACGACUACGUCUGGUUUCAGGCCCCCGUGACGCUGAGGGGCUUCCGGGAGUGAGGGGCUCCCGACGUCGGGUCCUCGGCCUCCUCCGGCCCUUCCUCGGGAAUCUCAACCACCGAGCGGCCUUCCCUCCCUCUCGGAGUUCCUCCGGAUAGCGAGAGCCACGUGACCGAAGGCCGUUCUCGCGUCUCCUUCGCGGCCUCGGUUUCUCCAGGUGGGACACAGGGUGGCCCGCCCGGAUGAGGUUGGCCUCGCCCGCCUCUGCUAGGUGGGGACGGAUUUCCCGUCUCCGUCACCUCGGUCCCGGACGCUUGCUCCCCGCCGAUGAAAUGGGCGUCUGGACGCGGGUCGGACUGUGUGAGCGUGUUUGGCGUAAUAACGAAAAUGAGUGUAUUAAAUUGCCCCGGAAACUGCUGUAAUCCG